AUGGGGUCUCUAGGAGGCAGCCCAAAAACUUGGAUACCAUAUAUGAACACCAAAGACUGUUCUCAAGGGUUUUGCAGUUUGUACUGUCCACAAUGGUGUUAUAGGAUAAUACCUCCUCCACCUGUCCUUGAGUUUCCUGAAGACAAUUCAUCUUCCCCAAGUUUCUCUCCUCUUGUUAUUGCAAUUAUCGGCAUUUUGGUGAGUGCUUUUCUUCUUGUUAGCUACUACACCAUAAUAUCCAAGUACUGCGGCAAAGUGGACCGGAGGAGAGCAAGAAGAGAAGAUCAGGAGCAGAAUGAGGAGAUGGAGGACCCUCACAAUCCCAUCCAUGAACCCUGGCAUGUUGUGACAGCUGGCUUAGACGAGGCUCUGAUCAAGUCAUUAACAGUUUGUAAGUACAAGAAAGGAGAUGGAUUUGUUGAAGGAACAGAUUGCUCAGUUUGUCUGAGUGAGUUUGAAGAAGAUGAGAGGCUUAGGCUGUUGCCUAAGUGCAACCAUGCUUUCCAUCUCCCAUGCAUUGAUACAUGGCUUAAAUCUCACUCAAAUUGCCCGUUGUGUCGUGCCAACAUAGUUCCUCAUCAGUUGCCUCACCCUGCCGUGAUUGAAACUCCAUCAUCAACCAAUCAUGAUGCAUCAUCCAUGGCUGAAAGCCAACCAGCAUAUGAUCAAAAUGUUGUCAUGGCACAAACUUCCGAAAGGAGUCCUUCUCAAAAUGAGGAAUCAAUGCAAGGAGAUCAUGAAGGGUAUCAUCAAGCAAUUAGAAGGUCGGUUUCCAUGGACGAUUGGCGUCAGAAUAAUCGAGUUUUAGUAGCUGAUAUUCUGAGCAGGAAUGAUGAAGAGGAUGAGGAGGACGAUAUGAACUCAGAGUCAGAUGAUAUUGCUGAAGGAGUUGGCAAAUCUAGCAAUAGAAAAGGGGUGCUCCUGCAUUGUGUUAUGAGUCCUGUUGCAAUGAAGAGAUCAUUUUCAAGUGGAAGAUUCUUUCCCACCAGGCCUUCAAGAGCACGGAAUACAGUACUUCCAGUCUAG